UGACGUAUGCCAUUCUUGACUGCAGGACGUACAGUAAAAUAAAACAUUAGUUUCACUUGCUAAACUAUACUUUUAGUUGUUCUUCUCAUUGUCGUUUUCCAACUGAAAACUUUGUAGCUUACAUACGUCAACGAUUUUGUCGACAAGCCUGCCAAAUAUAUAUUUUUUUAUUUUUACGUUUUCAGUUCUAAUUAAAAUAGCAGGUAUAAACAGGGUAUAUAAAAAGUCCUGGUUAUGCCAAGUCGUUCUCUGCGCGUGUAUAGUUUUUCUUUCUCCAGUUUAUUCUACGUAUAGACCACUUCCUAAGUGUUAGCAUUCUUUCUGUGAUUGCUAGCAGCAGAGGCAGACUGGGACGUCCGGGUCACGUGACCAUCGCCUUGCACCGUUCUACUCCAACUAGCGCUGCUGACGCUGGAUAACUGUCGUCGCCUUUCAACAUUUCUUUAAAAAAAAAAACUCACUAAACCACAUAAGCCUAGCUAAACACAAGAAGUGACACCCAUGGCAUCUCCGCUCAAAGUCUGCAUAGUAGGAUCCGGAAACUGGGGUUCAGCCAUUGCUAGGAUCAUUGGAAACAAUGCCAAGUCUUUGCAGUGUUUCGCAACCACAGUGAAGAUGUGGGUGUUUGAAGAAAAUGUUAAUGGUCGAAAACUCACUGACAUAAUCAACACCGAACAUGAAAAUGUCAAGUACCUGCCUGGAUAUAAAUUACCCGAUAAUGUGGUGGCAGUUCCUCAGCUACGUGACGCUGCAGAGGGAGCAGACCUUCUGGUGUUUGUGGUGCCCCACCAGUUCAUCAGGAAACUCUGUGACGAGAUGUCGGGCUGUGUUACAAACAAAGCUCGGGGAAUCACACUAAUUAAGGGGAUAGAUGAAGGUCCUGAGGGCCUCAAGCUGAUCUCUGACAUCAUUCGAGAGAAGAUGGGCAUUGAUGUUAGCGUUCUUAUGGGUGCAAACAUUGCCAAUGAAGUGGCAGCUGAGAAGUUCUGUGAAACCACCAUUGGCAGUAAAGUUCUGGAGAAUGGCCUACUAUUCAAGGAGCUCUUACAGACUCCAAACUUUCGGAUCACAGUGGUGGAUGAUGCAGAUACUGUGGAGCUGUGUGGAGCUCUGAAGAACAUUGUGGCAGUAGGUGCAGGUUUCUGCGACGGGCUGCGUUGUGGUGACAACACAAAGGCGGCUGUGAUUCGUCUGGGCCUGAUGGAAAUGAUAGCCUUUGCCAAACUCUUCUCGAAGGAUGACAAUGUUUCCACAGCAACCUUCUUGGAGAGCUGCGGUGUAGCUGACCUUAUCACGACCUGCUACGGCGGCCGAAAUCGACGUGUAGCGGAGGCCUUUGCCACCACAGGGAAGAGCAUUGAGGAGCUGGAGAAAGAGAUGUUGAAUGGUCAGAAGCUUCAGGGUCCUGCUACCUCAGCUGAGGUUUACCGCAUACUCAAGCAGAAGAACCUGGUGGACAAGUUUCCUCUUUUCUCAGCUGUCUAUCACAUUUGCUUUGAGGGAAAGCCAGUCCAGGAUAUGAUUUCUUGUCUGCAGAGCCACCCAGAGCACAUGUGACGACCCAACAGACAAGUCAACACAUUUUCAUGCUCAUCUUUUUUUGUUUUUGUUUCCCAAUCUAUGAUGAAACCAAAGACCUACGUCUGCUGGGUUGUAAGGGAAGUAUCAUGAAUCAGUUUGGUCUAAAUUUCCACUAUUGAUUGACUUUAUUCAUUGAUCAAGAAUCAUAUACAAUGGUAUACAAAGGUUUGGGCCCCCCGAUAGUUUUUAUAAUUUACCUUUGUAAAUCACUGAUUGUUUGGAUGAGCAAAAAUUUCAGUUGAACAUAUAUAGCAGGCGAACACAGUAAUAUUUGAGAAGUGAAAUGAACUUUAUAGGAAAAACAGGAAGUGUGUAAUGAUCAUUUAAACAAAAAUAGGCCGGUGCAUGAAUUUAGGUUUCCCUACAGAUAAACAUGAUCAAUAUUUAGUAGAGCCUUCUUUUGCAGAAAUAAAAGCCUGUAACACUUGCUCCAUUUUACAAUGAAGGUCUGGAUUCGGUUUGAUGUUAUUUUUGACCAUUCUUCUUUACAAAACAUCUCCAGCUCAGUCAGGUUUGAUGGCUAGCGAGCAUGCACUGCAAAUUUCUUAACGUCUAAAUAGGUUUAUUUUUCUUAAAUCUAGUACAAGAAUUUUCUCCAUCUUGCUUUGAGUGUUGAAGACUAGUUAACAGAUUAAUGUGUCGGAUUAUUCCACUUACUUUUAGUAAAUACUAGUGAUGUGCCCUACUGUUCCGAGGAGCCGAUGCCGAGUAAACCAGAAAAAAAAUCUGCAAAGCGCGCAUCGAAGCAUGUGUUGAUCACGCUUGUGGCCACGCCCGAAGCCUCGGAAGGCACAUUGCUACGUCUGAAGCCUCACAAGACGGGCUUCCUACGUCAUCGCCAACACAUGGUUUCGCGGGUGAUUCGAAAUAAACUGGCGCACCGAGACGACAAUGAGCUGACAGGUGACACUGACACACCCAACUCACAUCUUCAAACCUCAUUCAAUCGGAUUCGUUUUGCAAUGGACGCACCGUCCAGAACGAAAAAGAAGAGAACGUCCCCUGUCUGGGAUCAUUUAUAAAAAGGUUCAAAUUAUAAUAACCAGUGCAGUGUUUCCCAUAGGAUUUUUUGAAACUGUGGUGGUGGGCUGCAUCGGAGUUGGACAGCCUCACCAUGUCGUGGCACGGCGAAUUUUUUUUUUUUUUUUUCUUCAUUAUUUUUUCCCCCCAAGAAGAACCAUAACAAAGAUAUAUUUGAAAUAUUUCAUUAGCUAGGCUAAUGUUAUAGCUCUCAGCUGCAGUACAUGUAUGUAAAAUGCGUAGCUGAUUACAGCUACGUUACCCUAUGUAAUAAUGCGACUUUUUUUCUCGUAGCAAUAGUACGACUUACAUCUCGUAGUGACUCAGGGUUGGCAACCCAAACUGUUGAAAGAGCCAUAUUUGACCCCCCCCCCCCCCCCCCCCAAAAAAAGAAAACUUAUGUCUGAAGCAGCAAAAAAUUCAAAGCCUUGUACAAGCCUUAUAAUUAUCAAUACUAGCUAUAUUAGCCUAUUAUAAAAAUGACUAAGUUGGCUAGAAAUACAUAAUUAGCCUUCAUGAUUAAAUGUUUAUUUUCCCUGCAGUGGAUCCUAUAGCCCACCACGUGACUACUCUGUUGUACGAUGCCACUACAAGUUUAACUUCAUUACAAUAUUAAUGAAGUGAAAGAAUGUUUGUGUCAUGUUUGUCCUUCUAGAAAUCCUAUUAAAACAAAAAAUAUAUUUCCCUCCCCCAUCUUUUUCCAUAAAAAAAAAAAAAGCAGCGUUAAAGAGCCGCAUGCGGCCCGAGAGCCGCGGGUUUCAGACCGCCGUCGUCGUCCUCCUUUUUCCUUUUUAUUUGACCCUCGUAAGUACUACAUUACCACAACAAUAACAGUCCUUCUGUCAACUGACCCAUUUACAGGACUGGGGGAAUUCUAAUAACCGUGUAAAGCCGAGUUUUACUUGAUUCGGUGAGAAGGUGAAUAGUUUUUUCCCCGUUGUUCGUGAACUAAAUUUCCACACAAACGCACAUCGAGGUACCAUUAACUUAGCAAGGAGAGGUAUGAGAGUCAUUUUUCGAGUGUCCCAGAGCUCGCGAAAUUGGGGGCGGGGGGGGGCAUUUAUCAAAGUUUCGUCAGCCGUAAUUGUCUGAAGUUGGCGCGCCGGUGUUGUGCCGAAAAAUAGCCACUCCACGCGAAAUGUCCCCCCUGACAGGAGCGCCCACACGUCACUCGUACAAACAGCCUUUUCUUACCAAUCGAUGAACACGGAAACGACGUUCUUGUACCGUGAAUAUGUAUCAUUUUACUCUGCUUGAACUAAUAAAUAUUUUACUGUGACCAACGCUCUGAAAAUAGAGCAAGGCUUUAUUUUGGGCCCCGCCUCUCCGCGCAAGUUCAAUCAAAGUUUGCUUUCCGUCCAAGACGGCCGUCCACCGCUCACUUUCGCCGAAAAGUCCGAUCCAAACUAUUGUAAUGCCCCGGAUAUGGGGAAGAAGGAGAGAAGUCUGUAUUUGCUUACCCACUUGAUUGUGGUAACAAUAAUACAGAAAAACAAUAACAAAAUAACAGCGUGCUGCUAAGACAUGCGACCGCUAUCUCUCGCUAUCUCGCUCGUUCUCCCAUUCUUCCUACUCGUUCCCCUUGCGUCUCUUAAAUAAAUAAAUAAAUAAAUAAAUAAAAUACUACUCUAAAAAGCUACUCUACUACCCGCGCGCGCUCUCGCGGGUAGUAGAGUGGAGUGGGCUACAGCUGUGUAAUCGGCUGACUGACGCAUCUGAUUAUUAUCUUCUUUUUUUUUCGGCGGGGGGCAAACGAGACUGUGGCGGGCCCAAACGAGACUGUGGCGGGCCGCCACAGUCUCGUUCAUUUGUGGGAAACACUGCAGUGUGAAUAUAUAUUGUAAAUUAUUGGGACAAAACAGUGUAUCCCUCGUUUUAAUGUCUUUCUUCUACUUGCUGAUUUUUCAAAAGGUGAAGUGUAAACUUUGUUCUAAAGAACUUUGGUUACCAAGAGAACACUUCAUCUAUGUUGAGGCAUUGUACCCCGGCCUCAUCCAUCCCUUGCGAAAGACUAUUUUCAAAAGAAAUCCUAUCUAAAAAAAAGAAACCGUUUACAGCCAAAAACUUUGGAAAUGCUAGUUUUCCUCUAUAAAAAUGAAUGAAAGGUGUGUCUUGUUCCUUGUUUAUACUGUAUGUCAAUGUCUAAAAUAAAGCAAUCAUUCUUCCAAGUCGAGCCUAGAUCUUGAGCUCGGGUCGGGCCCAAAAUGUCAAUCAUUUACGUUCGGGUCGUGUCGGGCCGGACUUCUCUCGCUAACUUUUUAAAAAUAAAUAUACUGUAUAUUUAUUGUAUAUGGAUUUUAAACUAAGGAAUACGUGUUAUAAAAUAAAUUAAUUGUAUAAAACAGAGAAAGGGCGCUGUCAUGAGCCGCAGGAGAGCCAGUGCAUUGUUUGCGCACACGAACGCUCUGGGGCUCUCAGCGAGUCUGCAACUCUGCAUCCUUUCCUUUUCAAAUUUCGAUACGGAUAUGAUAUUAGUCAAACAUCUUUAUUAUCAUUUGUUUCAAGGGCCGCACCUCUUCGUGCAAAGGUGGACAUCGUGAAGUUCGUGGUGUUCCUUAAAAUGUUCCUUAAGGCAGGUUGUUCUUUUGUGUGUUCUGAUCCGAGUCAUUAAAAUAAUGUCAUAUAAAAGUACUUUAGUUUAUUUUUGUAUAUGCUGCUGUUCUCUCCUUGUCAGAGAGGUGCGUCCAUGAGAGCACAAUAUUCCACACAGAAAUAUAUUUACCAAACCUAUCCAGCGUUAUUUCGUUGUGUACAUGCAUUUAUAAUGAUCAAAAAAGUAUGUAGACUAUUUAAACAUAAUGAAAAAUUGCGGGGGUUUUUUGCCAACUCAAAGAAAUUAAAAUUAAUGUCUGUUGCUGCAUUUUGCCAAGGAAAUGAAGCAUGAACUAUCCACCUGAUAGAACAGACACACAAAUAUAAAAGAUAUAAAUGUUUAUUGAAUAUGCAUUUUACAGUCUUGUUUAACUGGGAGAAUUUGUUACAAAAGACAGGCUUUAAUUUGUUAUCAUUAUGCACAUAGGCGUCGUCACAAAUGUGAUCACACAAAACACAACCAUUUUCCAAGCAGUGCUCUGUCCAGGUCUGACUGAUGCAUUGCAUCCCCGUAUGUCUCUCCUUCUGGGUCCUCAUAAAUAAACAAAUAAAAUUUCGGCUUUUUUUACCAGCUCGGCCAUGCAAGUUAAGUUAAUUGCUCGGGCUCGGGCUUUAAUACACGCGGGCCGGGUCGGGCUGGAUUUUUUAGGCCCGAUCUAGGCUCUACUUUCAAGUAACACACGCACAUUCAUUCACAUCACAACUCCCUGCCCUUUUGACCCCGUCAAAUCCAUGGUAUCAUUUUAAUCACUCUGCCUGUCAUGACCUUUAUUUUCCACAUGAUGGCGCAAUAGAACAAAUGAAGCCUCAUGAUGCUUCAGCCCAGGAGCAAACCAGUUUGAUGGAAAGCCUCAUUGCUUCAUGAUGCUUCAGUUUGCCAUCACUGGUAAAUACUACUAUUUGUCCUUAUUAAGACCAUAAAUAAAGAAAAAAAUGCUUUCAAAUAAUGUUUUGACAAUAUCUAUUCUUGAAUUAAGAACAAUUCUGACAUUUUAAAGCUUUUUUUUUUUUUUUUAAGAUUAAAUAUUCUAAUUUAUUGGUUGAAAUAAGUCCGUGGCAAUACUGACGAUGUGUUUAAAGUUGCACUAAAAGUGUAUAUUAGAACUGUUAAGCUUAUUUUCAGCUAGCUAUCUUUCUUAUUUCAACUGAGUAAAAUUUACUUGAAGCUUUACUGGAGCACUGGCAGAUAAUUUCAUUUAUUUUGAGUAGAUUUACACUGAAAACGGGAAUUUAACAAGUUUUAAGGAGGUGUGUUUUUGCAGUGUAGGUCAACAUUAGUCAGUUUAUCAAACAAAUUCUGAGUUCCAAAAAUUAGAACUAAAAAUUUUCUUAUCAAUAAAAACACAACGGUGCCCAAAUUUAUGCAUUGGCCUAUUUUGGUUUAAAUUAAUAUUAUGCACUUUCUGUUUAUCCUCGUAACUAGUAAAUUUUACUUCUCAAAUAUUACUGUGUUCAUCUGCUGUAUGAAAUAUUUAAUUGAAAUUUAUGUUUCAAACUAGGCAUGUGCCAGUAUGAUUUUCUGACGGUAUGAUAACCUCAAGCCAAAAUAUCAUGGUAUUGUAAUUAAAGCUCUUGAAUGUGUUACUUUUGAGAUAUUCGGCUUAAAAAAUAAAUAAAUAAAUAAAAAACUUCCAUUGAACAGGAUUUUUAUUUUUCAGAACGUAUUAGGAAAUUGGAACAUAAUUACUGUAUAAUGUGAAGUUAAAAUAAAUUUAAAAAGUAACAAAUAUUCUAAAUAAAAUGAAAAUAAAUGCAGUUCUUUUGGUAAGCGUAAACACAUAGCCACAGCUCAACAUUAUUACCGUCAGAGCAAAAAUAAUUGAAUUAUUUUCCAUAAAAAGCAUAUGACUCAUAUUAUGUUUACAUCAACACACACUCUUUCUCAACACAGACAGUUGACAGAGAGAAAAAUACACCACGUUUUACCACUGCUAGACACACUAAACACACGCUGGAGUUAACGCUCAUGGCUGGAGGGAAACGUUUAUGACAGUGUUUACUAACCUUUAAUUUUGUAUAAAUGCAAAAUCAUAUUGGAGGUAUUGCCUCCACGACAGCCAAUUCCCAAACAUGUUUUACAUGUCGGUCUGCCCUCCUCCUCUAAGCCGCGGCCUUCUGUAACUUUUCUGUAGCCGAAGUCUUCCCAUACCAGCGAUUUCUUUUUCUUCGAUGGAGGAAAAAGUUCAGGAGUUUCACCUCCUCCAGCCAUCGUGUAGCACAGCUAACUCACUGACACUGAGCAACAACCGGUGGGGGUGGGUGGAGCCUUGCAGCUGCAAGCAAAGGAUUUCUCCAUGCAUUUUUGGGGGCAUAAAAAUAGCUAACACCUUAGGGAUGGUAUGACGGAAAAUUUUUGCGAUUUUGAAACCUUGACGUUUUCAUACCACGGUAACCUUGAAACCGGUAACCAGCUCAUGUCUAUUCCAAACAAUCAGUGAUUUACAAAGUAAAAUCUUAAAAAUGAUCAGGGGCACCCAGAAUUUUGCAUACAACUGUAUUCUAGUGUACUGCCCAGGCUAUGGGAAUUUUACAAUGAAGGAAAGAAAUUAAGAAAUUUAUGUAUACAUGAAGGUGUAAUGACAAUAGCUAAACUUGACUAACAGAUCACAAAAUUAUGCCUGCAACAAUUGUAUUUUGUUUUUGUAAGACAUUUUCUUUUUUUAUGUUAAAAAAAAAACUUUUUUUACACAUUUUAAUACAUUAUUGUUUGUAUGUUUUAAUAAGGGAUAUUAGUAAUAACAUAACACACAAACAGCGUUCAGUGUUGUGCAUUAGGUUUAUUUGCUUUUGAAUUUCUGUGAGCAUCCACUUAACCUUUUUUUUUUCCUCAAGAACUAAAAAAUUCUUUGUUUUUUCACAUAUCACUUCCAGUUCAAUUCCCAGAAUGAAAGCCGUUUAAAAGAAGAAAAAUAAAGUACAGGCAGUCUCUGGGUUAUGACGUACUCGACUUACGUGAUUUUGACUUUACGACGCCGCAGUUUCGUCUGUCAUUUGGUCUCCAGUUGUAGGUUUUUGUUUUUUGUUUUUGUUGCGUAAACAGUACCGUAUUGUAACUCACAGUAUCUUAUUUUUUACUUUAUUAAUAUGAUGUGUUAUGUCCUUACUAUACAUGAAGUUGUUGAUCUUGAUAGACCAUGAAAAAGGCAAAUGAUUUUGAAACUUUUUACUUCCUUCACUUUUGACAAUUUGUAAAGCUGUAACACACUUAAUGUUUGUUCAAAACAACACGCAUUUUAACAAUACACUGCUGGCCAAAAGUAUUGGCCCCCCCUGCAGUUCUGUCAUGCUCAAUUUCGCCUAGAAAAUGAUAGCAAUUACAAAUGCUUUGGUAG